AUGGCUGACCGAAAGCCUCCAAUAGCUCGGAUGGUGUUAAAUUACAAAGGAAUUGACUAUCGCACCGUAUGGGUGGAGUACCCUGACAUCGAACCUCUAAUGAAACCGCACCUUCCGCCGAACAACGACGACAAAUUUAUCUCGUACACCUGUCCAACAAUACAGCUGCCUGAUGGCGAGUGGAUCAAGGACUCGCUCAAGAUUGUGAAGCGCCUUGAACAGCUCUAUCCACAAAAGCCGCUUGGCUUAGCGUGCGAUCCUUACCUCGAGGAGGUGUUGGAGCUCACAGAGAAGACCAUCAAGACCAUCAUGCCGGACUUCGCUCCCAAAGUUGCAAAGAAAAUUCUUGACGAGGCAAGUCAAGAGUUCUUCCAGCGCACUCGAAAGGCUUUGUUCGGAGGCCGGACGCUAGAUGAAGUGUCGGCUGAGCUUGGUGGAACACAGGCAUAUGGCAAAGCUGCACCGCUUGUCGAGCGUGUCACGGAGCUGCUCAAUAAGGAUUCCGCUGGCCCGUAUUUUCAGGGAAACACUGUCAGCUAUGCAGACUUUGUCUGGACCGCUUUAUUGGCUUUUCUCGAGACGUUGGGUGACGGUUCUCUGGAACUGUUAAUUGGUGCGGAUAAAUCGAGUCAUCUUGCAAUGCUUGAAGCUUGUCGACCAUGGUUGGCGCGGGAUAGUCACUGA